UUUUUUUAAUCAGUCACAAAAAAAUGGAGAGUUUCAGCUGCAAUUGUUUCGUUUUCAAUUUUAUUCAAUUUCAACACGGUUAACCGUAUGUUUUAAUGUAACUAUUGUUUUUUAAUUAGCCUUUAGUUGUACGAGAAAAAUGCAGUCGUAAAACCGGCGCACUGGUUCGGGUCGGCAUAUUCAAUUUGUUGGAAAAAAAAUUAACGCAAUGAUAACAGUGUUUAUUGUCUUGGGUCACAACGUGUGAACGUCGGGAGGAUUAUAACAAAUUUCGGCGUACAAUGAGCUAAUAUUGGCCAAUUUUCGCGGAGGAUCAUAUACAAAUAGGCGCCAUGCAGAAGAGGGACCGGGAGAAGGAACAAAACGGUAAGGAUGACAAGCGCGGCGGAAAAUCCACCGGAUCGAGGGCAAUGCAUUCAGCAGUUGCUGGACGACAUGGCUUGUCAUCGUCAGCCAACUCUAGUGUACUCAUGGUCGGCCCGAAUUUCCGUGUUGGCAAGAAGAUCGGCUGUGGAAAUUUUGGCGAACUGAGACUCGGAAAAAACUUAUACACAAACGAACAUGUGGCAAUAAAAAUGGAGCCAAUGAAAUCCAAAGCGCCUCAAUUGCAUUUGGAAUAUCGCUUUUAUAAAUUACUUGGAUCUCAUGCUCCUGCUUUCUUCUCAGAUGGCAUACCAGAAGUAUUUUUUUUUGGUCCAUGCGGCAAGUAUAAUGCUUUAGUCAUGGAACUCCUUGGUCCCAGUCUUGAGGAUUUAUUUGAUAUGUGUGGGCGUGAGUUUUCGCUCAAAACUGUUCUCAUGAUUGCCACUCAAUUGUUGCACAGGAUAGAAUAUGUUCAUGGUCGACAUCUUAUAUAUAGAGAUGUUAAACCAGAAAACUUUCUCAUUGGUCGUACUUCAACGAAAAAAGAUAAAACUAUUCAUAUUAUAGAUUUUGGUUUAGCUAAAGAAUACAUAGAUUUAGAAACAAAUAAACAUAUACCAUACCGGGAACAUAAAAGUUUAACUGGUACAGCAAGAUAUAUGAGCAUAAACACACAUUUAGGAAAAGAACAAAGUCGGCGAGAUGAUUUAGAAGCUCUUGGACAUAUGUUUAUGUACUUCUUACGAGGUUCAUUACCAUGGCAAGGCUUAAAAGCUGAUACUCUCAAAGAAAGAUAUCAAAAAAUUGGUGAUACAAAACGAGCCACUCCUAUAGAAGCUUUGUGUGAUGGAUAUCCCGAGGAAAUGGCCCAGUAUUUACGUUAUGUUAGACGAUUGGAUUUCUUUGAGACACCAGACUAUGAAUAUUUGCGUACAUUAUUCAAAAAUUUAUUUGAGAAAAAAGGUUAUGUUAACGACUCUGAAUUUGAUUGGACGGGCAAAACAAUGAAACGUGGCUUGUUUAACAUACUUCGCGUUAUACGCAACAUAUCCAAUGAAAGUCCUCAAACAUCUGAAAGCAAUUUGUGCACAUUAGUUGGUUCCAUUCAGUCCAGCCAAGAAGUUAUUUUAUCACCAAACAGAGAAAGACAAGUUGCAGGCAACAAGUCUGGAACAAAAGGUUGGCAAGAUGGGUCAAAGCUUCCAGGUCACACAUUAGGAAACUUAACCCCUGCUGAUCGUCAUGGAAGUGUUCAAGUAGUAAGCUCGACUAAUGGUGAAUUGGCAAAUGAUGAUCCAACUGCUGGCCAUUCCAAUACUCCUAUUACAGCACAAGCUGAAACAGAAAUUGUUGAUGAUACUAAAUGUUGUUGUUUUUUUAAACGUAAAAAGAAGAAAACUCCUCGUCCUAAGUGACUAACAGUGGUUAAAUGCAGCUCUGAACGAGAAGCUGUCACGCUGUUACGCGCCACCUCGCACUCUAACUCGCGUGACAGUGCCCUAAAUGUUCCCGUUCCGACCAUUACGUGAGAUUGCAUUAUCCAAUACAUUAAAUAUUAUUUUGUAUUUAAUUUUGAAACAUCUCUUUCCUUUUUUUUUUUUUUUUUUUGUAAUUAAAUUAAUAGGCUACAAUAUACUUAUAUCUAUAAAAGAAAAAAAACAUAUAUUAAAAUAACAUAUAAUAGACUGUUAGCAUUUGGUCACCUGUGCAUUCCGUCAACGAUCAAUAAAAAAAUAUGAUGCCAAGACGCUUCAAUUGUUGACACUAGUCUUGACACUAGACAGUAAGACAGUAUAAUAUUCAUUUAUUGCUUUUUUUAUCUGUUAAAAAUAAUAUAUAAAUGUAUAUGAUAAAUAAUAUUAUCAAGUAAAUUACAUUCACGUUCUCUUGUUCAAAAGAAAUAAGGACUCAGAAGUAUAGAUUUAUUUGAUUGGUUUGCUUAUUAAACAAAAUUUUUAAUUAUUUAUGUCAAAUAAAAAAUAAUACUUAAGUUACCUAAGUAGUAAUUUUUUAUAAUAUAAAAAUAAAUGCGCCCUACAUUAGUUCCUGUAAAUAAUUAAAUAAAAUACCGUUUCGAUUAACUUUUAUAUUAAAAACAAAUAUAUGUAAAUCUAUUUAUGUUAAUUUCAAUUAAGUCUUGGUUCAGGAACACAUUAAUCAAUACCUCACUUACUUUUUCCUAUAACUGCCCAUAAAGAGCUUAAGUAUAUUUUUUUUUAAUAAAAAUUUUUUUUCUGAGU